CGCCGCCACGUGACCCGCCACCAUCAUGUCGGCGCUGGGGGCCAUGGAGGCGGCGGCGGGGCCCGCUGAGGCCCUGUUCCGCCCCCUCAGCGCCGAGGACGGCGAGCAGCAGCCGGCAGAGAUCGAGUCCCUGUGCAUGAAUUGCUUCCGCAACGGAGUGACACGGCUCCUGCUCACCAGGAUCCCCUUCUUCAAAGAGAUCAUCGUCAGCUCCUUCUCGUGCGCCAGCUGCUCCUGGUCCAACACGGAGAUCCAGUCUGCAGGCCGGAUCCAGGAGCAGGGCGUGCGCUACACCCUGGCCGUCACCUCCCGCCAGGACAUGAACAGGGAGGUGGUGAAGACCGACUGUGCCUCAGCUCGAAUUCCAGAGCUGGACUUUGAGAUCCCUGCCUUCAGCCAGAAGGGAGUGCUCACCACCAUCGAGGGGAUCAUUGACAGAGCUGUGGCAGGCCUGGAGCAGGACCAGCCCGCCCGCAGGGUGAUGGACAAAGAGGUGGCGAGAAAAAUAGACGAGUUCAUUGGCAAACUGAGGCAGUUGAAGGAAGUCAAUUCCCCCUUCACCUUUAUCCUGGAUGAUCCCUCCGGGAACAGCUUUGUGGAGAACCCCCAAGCGCCGCAGAGGGACGAGGCCCUGCUGGUCACUCACUACAGGAGGAGCCCCCAGCAGGCUGCUCUGCUGGGGCUGGAGGGAGAGGAGGUGGAUGCCAAGCUGCCGGACGCUGCCGAGGACCUGAGGGACGAGGUGCUUCAGUUCAACACCAACUGCCCUGAGUGCAACGCCCCAGCCAGCACCAACAUGAAGUUAGUGCAAAUCCCACACUUUAAGGAAGUGAUUAUCAUGGCCACCAACUGCGAUUCCUGUGGGCACAGGACCAAUGAGGUGAAGUCUGGAGGAGCCAUUGAGCCGCAAGGCACCAGGAUCACCCUCCGGAUUACAGACCCUUCUGACAUGACCAGGGAUAUCCUGAAGUCAGAGACAUGCAGCGUGGAGAUCCCUGAGCUGGAGUUUGAGCUGGGCAUGGGAGCGCUGGGGGGGAAGUUCACCACGUUAGAGGGGCUGCUGAAGGACAUCCGUGACCUGGUGGAGAAGAACCCCUUCACUCUGGGAGACAGCUCCACCCCCAGCAGGACAGGGAAGCUGCAGGAGUUCAUUGGGAAGCUGCAGGACAUCAUAGAGGGGAAGGCCCAGGCUCACUUCAUCAUGGAUGACCCUGCAGGCAACAGUUACCUUCAGAACGUGUACGCCCCAGAAGAGGACCCGGAGCUGCGCGUGCAGCGCUACGAGCGCACCUUCGAGCAGAACGAGGAGCUGGGCCUCAACGACAUGAGAACAGAGGGCUACGAGCCAGAGGCGGCCUCGGGCCGGUAGCAGGGGCACCCACCCUCCCACCCCCCUGCCCCAACCGCUCCAGGGACCAGGACUCUGUGGGGCCAGGGCUCUCCUCCCCUUCCUGGGGCCAGGGGAGCUGUUCCUCGGGGCCUCCCCGCGGGCAGCUGUGGCGUGAGGGGCCGAUGUGCUGGGGCACGGGGGUGGCAGCAAUAAAGCUGAUUGAUAAAAGCUGA